GAGCGCUGGAUCUGGAUUCAAAUCAAUUCAAAUUCUUUCCCUCUCCGCUCGAAACCACAGAGCGCAUACUUUCCCUUUCUCGCUGUGAGCCCUAACUUUUCGAUUUACCAGAAUGUGCAGACCUUGAGUUUGUUCGGUGCUCUUUUCGAUCUCCAGUAAUUUGAUUGCAAAUUCAACAGGCUCAGAUCGGAACUUGAUGCAACACCAAGAACUCUAUCCGAAGGUUACGUUCUGAAAUUUUCAAGUAUUUUCUCAGGUUCAGAUGAUGUCUUCUCGCAAUCAAAACAGACCUCCUCGAAGUCCUUCUACUAAGAAGGAGGCUGCUGAUGGAAUUCCACUAGAUAAGCGCAGGAGAAUAGGAGCAGGAAAGGUGGCAGGAGCAGGAACCACAGGCCGUACACGACAGGCAUUUGCUGCUGUUAACAACAGGCAAGAUGUUCCAGCUGCUGCUGAUGUUGGCAACAAUGAGGAUUUGCAGAGUGGCAGCUUUGAAUUUACAAAAGAGGAAGUGGAAGCGCUAUUGUCAGAAAAGCCCAAAGCCAAGAAAUUUGAUCUUAAGGCCAAAUUAGAACAAUUGACUGAACAUAAUAAGAGGCUCAGGCUGUGCGUCAGAUGGUUUCAACAAGUUGAGGAAGGUCAUAUCCUUGAGGUGGGAAAGCUUCAAAAUGCGCUGGAAUCUUUGGAGAAAAGCUCUGCAGAUAUGGAGAUGGAGAUGAAAAGGAAGGAGGCGGGACUUAAUGCCACUAUUUCAGAGUCAAAUAAAGAAAUGGCUUUAUUACAGGAGAAACUUGCAAAGGAAGAAUCUGAAAAGCUGGAUGCAAUUGAUUUCCAUAGAAGAGAAAAUGAAGCUCGAGUUUCUGCAGAAAAGUUGCUAGAAUCGCUCUCGAAAGAGCUUGAGAAAGCCAAGCAAGAUAUAUUAGCUGGCAACCAAAGGGCUGCCUCACUUGAUGACAUGUACAAGAGAUUACAGGAGUACAACUUGAGUCUACAGCAGUACAAUAGCAAACUUCAUGCUGAACUCGAAACAGCCCGUGAGUCACUAAAACGAGUAGAAAAGGAGAAAUCGACUAUAGUGGAGAAUCUCAGUACUUUAAGGGGACACUAUAAUUCAUUGCAAGAGCAGUUAAAUUCAUCACGGGCUUCACAAGAUGAGGCUGUGAAUCAGAAAGAAUCAUUAGCAAAUGAGGUUAGAUGUCUUCGAGAUGAGUUGCAUCAAGUGAGAGAUGAUCGUGAUCGCCAAGUAGCACAAGUGCAGGCCUUAACUGCUGAUGUAGUACAGUACAAAGAAAAAACGGGCCAAUCUUUUGUGGAGUUGGAUAACUUGACAACAAAAUCGAAAUGCUUGGAGGAGACAUGUGCUUCUCAGAGCGAGCGGAUUCAUAUAUUAGAGCGUCAAAUUGCAGCAGCAAAUGAGAAAUUAAAGAUGGCUGAUUUAUCAUUCUCAGAAACAAGGACAGGAUUUGAAGAGCAGCAGAGGGUCAUCCUUGAUUUGCAAGAUCGCCUUGCAGACAGGGAACGUAAAUUGCUUGAAGGAGAAAAACUGAGGAAGAAGUUACACAACACAAUCUUGGAACUCAAGGGAAAUAUUCGCGUGUUUUGUAGGGUGCGGCCUUUAUUACCUGAAGAUUGUGCCACGACAGAGGUGUCGGUCAUCUCAUAUCCAUCCUCAACAGAAUCCCUUGGCCGAGGCAUUGAUCUAAUUCAAAGUGGACAAAAAUAUCCGUUCACAUUUGAUAAAGUGUUCAAUCACGAGGCUUCUCAACAGGACGUCUUUGUUGAGAUUUCUCAAUUGGUACAGAGUGCUCUUGAUGGUUACAAGGUUUGCAUAUUUGCUUAUGGGCAAACAGGUUCUGGAAAAACUUAUACAAUGAUGGGCAGGCCAGAAGCCCCUGAGCAGAGAGGGCUGAUCCCGCGGUCAUUAGAACAAAUAUUUCAAAGUAGUCAGGCUCUCAUAGCACAGGGCUGGAAGUACAAAAUGCAGGCUUCGAUGCUGGAAAUUUAUAAUGAAACCAUCCGCGAUUUGUUGUCAAUAAACCGAUCAAGCAGUCUUGAUAUCACACGUGCAGAGAACAGUGUUCCUGGGAAGCAGUACACUAUAAAACAUGACGCAAAUGGAAAUACACAUGUUACUGACCUUACCAUUGUUGAUGUAGGCAGUAUUGGAGAGAUUUCCUCUCUUCUGCGGCAAGCAGCACAAAGCAGGUCUGUGGGCAGGACUCAUAUGAAUGAGGAGUCCUCAAGAAGUCAUUUCGUCUUCACCUUACGUAUAUCUGGGGUGAAUGAGGGCACUGAACAACAAGUACAGGGUGUUCUAAAUCUUAUUGAUCUUGCUGGAAGUGAGAGACUCUCGAAGAGUGGAUCAACUGGAGACCGACUGAAGGAGACUCAGGCGAUAAACAAAAGUUUGUCUUCUUUGAGCGACGUCAUAUUUGCCUUGGCAAAAAAGGAAGACCAUGUUCCUUUCAGAAAUUCAAAGCUAACGUAUCUUCUCCAGCCUUGUCUUGGUGGGGAUUCGAAAACUUUAAUGUUUGUAAACCUUUCUCCUGAUCCCACUUCACUUGGCGAGUCACUCUGUUCCCUACGCUUUGCUGCCAGAGUCAAUGCUUGUGAAAUCGGGAUUCCUCGACGCCAGAUGAUUUCUCGGCCUGCAGAUUCACGACUCAGUUAUGGUUGACCGUUGUUCUUAUUCUAAUCAUCACACAGUAACUGUUAUCUCCAAGUAGAGUCAGGGUUGCACGUUUGGUUCAUCUCAUGGAAUGCCCACUAUUUGUGCCAUAGUUUCUGGAGGCAUAUUAACUGAGCGUGAUAUAUGUAUUCUCUGCAUUAUGGGUAAGAGUAGCAUGUUUCUCGCUGCUUUGGUUUAGCAACGUCCUUGAAUGUUACAUGAAAAAUUCAAUAUUUUGUGAAGAUUGGAUUACUAUAUCAUCCUGUUGUACUCUUAUUGUAUCGGAAAUCUUGGCUGUUAUUCUUCACUUAACGCCAAGAUACUCAAUUUAAGAGUUUGGAAUAUUGAAGUCUUUAUAAUAAUUUAUGAUGAUGAGUGAAUAUGAUUUGGAUGCUAA